AUGACAUUUUCCGCAGGUCGCAAGGCUGAGGGUAGGUUCGCUCGCUUCUCCAGUCUCUUCGCCACAACCAACAACAUUUCCGUUUCUGUUGAUUCUGGCCGGCUGACAAAACCUGCAGGUCGCGCGGGUUUCGAGCCGACUUUUCUGGAAGCACUUGAGCCAGCGCUUCCUCACAUCGCCAAGCACGGCAUCAAGGUUGUCGUAAACGCUGGGGUCUCUGACACCAGGCUCUUGCAUACAACAGUAGUGUCGCUGCUGAAGGAAAAGGGACUCUCCUUGAAAGUUGCUUGGAUAGAGGGCGAUGAGGUCUUGGAUGCCAUCAACGAAUUGCGGGUUUCCAAGAAAGCUCGAUUCGAAAACAUUUGUACACAAGAAAUUCUGGACGACUGGAAAUUCGAACCCUUGUACGCUCAGUGUUACCUUGGCCCGUUUGGCAUCGCCGCCGCACUCUCAGCCGGUGCAGACAUUGUCCUAUGCGGUCGCGUUUCCGAUGCUUCCCUUAUAAUGGGUUCCGCGAUUUGGUGGCACGGCUGGAAGAAUGCAGACUAUGACCAGCUCGCAAAUUCUCUGGUCGCAGGCCACCUUAUUGAGUGUUCCACCUAUAUCACUGGAGGCUGCUUCAGCGGCUUCAAGUCUCUGAGAGGUGCUUGGAAUGAUCUGGGUUUUCCAAUAGCUGAAAUUAGCAGUGCCGGCGAGGUCAUCAUCACCAAGCAGAAGGCGACGGGUGGCAUCAUUUCCGUCGACACUUGCACUGCGCAGCUUCUUUAUGAGAUCCAAGGGCCCCGCUAUUAUAACUCGGAUGUCACCGCCAUUAUUGAUGAAGUCACUUUCAAGCAAAUCGGCCCUGAUCGUGUGGCUCUGUCUGGCGUGAAGUCAGAUCUUCCCCCACCAACCACUAAGGUUGGUAUCACUGCAAAUGGAGGGUUCCAGGCAGAAGUUCACUACGCAUUGGUGGGCUUGGACAUCGAAGCCAAAGCGGAGAUGUUGGAAGAUCAGAUCCGCACAUGCAUGGGCGACAGGGUCAAGGAUCUCACGGUUCUGGACUUCAAAAUCAUUGGAAGAGUGCCGGAAGAUCCAGAUGAUCAAUCUGCAGCGACGGUCGACUUCCGCAUUGUUGCUCAAGCACUGAAGGAGGAAGCGCUUUCUGAGGUAAACUUCAUGAGGCCAUGUGUCGACCCUAUCAUCGAGUCUUAUCCCGGCGCGACCUUCUAUCCCGACUUCCGCACGACUUUACCUCGCCCAAUCUUUGAGUACUACGUCACGCUCCUGCCACAGUCGUCUGUCCGACAGAUUGCUCAUCUGCAUGACGGGAAGUCCGUUGAGAUCUCACCACCUGCAAAAACGAAGGAGUAUUCCAAAUUCCAACCUAGCAACGAGAUGACGUCGGGCAUUGCCUCUGUCUCAUCUUACGGAAAUACCACGCGAGCGCCACUUGGUUCUAUCGUUCACGCUCGCUCGGGCGACAAGGGCUCCAAUGCGAACGUGGGAUUCUGGGUUCGUCAUGACGACGAAUACGACUGGCUUCGGGCGCUCCUUAGCACUGAGAAGAUCAAGAAACUACUCGGCAAAGAGUACAAGGGUGGUAAAAUCGACCGGUUCGAGGUACCUAACGUGAGAGGUGUACAUUUCUUGCUGCAUAACCAUCUGGACCGUGGUGUGAGCUGCAGCAAGACAUUGGAUAUACUGGGCAAGAACGUUUCCGAGUUCUUGAGAUGCAGAUGGGUCGACGUGCCGGACAAGUUUCUUGAGAGAGGAAGGAUUUGA